UGUUACUGGUCCUGUUAUUUGGCUUGGGCAGGAACGGGUGUUUUUUCAGGAGGGAAACUUCACCGGGCUUUAUCCCGAUUUAAACACGACUAAUUCAGCCAGUUAAAAAAAUACGAGUCAUUAUAGCCAUAUUGAAAGCAGUAUAUCCUUCGUGUCAGACUCAUUAAAGAAAAAUCUUCGUCCAGUUCAAGGAGCCCACCAGUCAUGUCUGGCAUUGCAUUGAGCCGGCUUGCUCAGGAGCGGAAAGCGUGGCGGAAAGACCACCCUUUCGGCUUUGUGGCUGUGCCGACGAAAAACCCAGAUGGAACGAUGAACUUGAUGAACUGGGAAUGUGCUAUUCCUGGGAAGAAGGGGACCCCAUGGGAAGGAGGCUUGUUCAAACUGCGGAUGCUGUUCAAGGAUGACUAUCCUUCCUCGCCCCCAAAGUGUAAAUUUGAGCCUCCACUCUUCCAUCCUAACGUAUAUCCGUCAGGCACAGUAUGCCUAUCCAUUCUAGAGGAAGACAAGGACUGGCGACCAGCCAUCACCAUCAAGCAGAUCCUAUUAGGAAUACAGGAACUCUUAAAUGAGCCCAAUAUCCAGGAUCCAGCCCAAGCAGAGGCAUACACAAUUUACUGCCAAAACAGAGUAGAAUAUGAAAAAAGAGUUCGAGCACAGGCCAAAAAAUUCUCCCCUUCAUAAGGGUGAAGAUAGUUCGGCUUCGGCAGAAGGAAUGGAUCAAACGUGGAUCACCGCCCCUAUUUCUCUAUGAAUGUGCCCCUCUCACAUCGGGACUCGCUUAUAAGGACUUCUAUUUAAAACUCUUGACAGGCAUUCUGUGCCAUCUUCUACUCUGACCAACCCCCCUCCCCCUUUUUGUUAAACUGCUGGGCUGGUGUGUGGCGGGUGCAAGGAGGAAAUGGGUGCCGUAGCACCCCGGCCGCUUCCUUUUAGCUGAUUUACUUGUCUUAUGGUGCGAGGGACACAGCAAAGUACCGGUUUCACCAUCGACUCAAAAAUAAUCCGAUCUUCAUCCUCUUUAGAGGAAGAGAACGUCUUAGUUGUCUUUAGGUUUUUUUGGGUUGUUUUUACUCUCAAAGAUGGUCUAUUCCUUAAACCCCUCCCCUCUCAUAUUUCCAUGAUUUUAAUUACGUAAAAUGUGCUAAUUACUUAAUUGUCAGUAUUUCAACUGCUGUAUAAUGAAUGGCACUUUUAUACUGUCAUCUCACAUUUGUCUCUAGUUUGCUCUGUCUGAUUCUCUUAUGCAGGUUUUCUAUUCAGCAUGCUGUAAUAUAAGAAAGUCUGCUGUCUUUUUGUUAUUUGGAGUGUUUGCUAUGAAAAAAGAAAAUGGCCACAUUGACUCGCAAGGCAGGUAGGCUUACGUCUGUAUCAGUCUUUAUGUUUAUAUGGUGCUUUGUUCAUGUAUGUGUUAGAGUAAAUAAACUGUUUCUAUAAAGCCAUUGUUACUGUCUCGAGCAGUAAAACUAAUGGUUAACAAAUGUUGGCAUAGAAAUGUUAUAAUAUCUAUAGCUGACACACCCCUGCCCCCCAUGAAACUCUAUUUAAGACAUUUUCUAUAUACCAUAUUUUGUACACAUACUAUAUUAAAACAUGUUUGUUUGCACAUCAUGAUACAGAGUAAGACCGCUCGCUUUAUCAACUGGCAAGACAUUUGAGUUCCAUCUUUUGAGAGUGAAGAAGAAAAACAAUGGUCAUAAUAAAGGAUAUUUGCCCCUUAUUUACUAAAAAAGUAAGAAUUAAUCACUUUUUCUGUAGAUGAAGCGCAAAUGCGGAUUAUUUACAAUACGUUUUCCAGCCUCAUAUGUUAGAAUGGAAGUCGGGCACAAUAUGCCUAUACAUUCUAGGGGACAAAAAUUCUAAAUCAGUUUUCACUUUGUCAUUUUGGGGUGUUAUGUGUCAAUUGAGGAAAUUGUUUUAUUUAAUACUUUUUAGAAUACGGCUGUAACGUAACAAGUGUGGAAAAAGUCAAGGUCUGAAUACUUUCCAACUGCACUGUACACAUGAUCCAGGAUGGCCCCAAAGACGACCUGUCUAACCCAGCAUCUGAUGCACUUGUCCUGGGAAUUUCUUAUGCCUCAUUUCUUGGGGCACUGCUCCUGGCUCACAGAUGGCCCACCGGAAAGUGUGUCUGAGGCAGUGUCUAGACUUGACAGUUCAUGCAGCUUUUGUAUUCUGAUCAUGAAAUUGCAGACACGUCAUGAAAAUAAACCUACAUUUUAAAUGUCUACCAUGUCACGUGCGACUUCUGCUAACAAACUGAAGAUCGCAUUGAAACGACCGGUCUAGACACACAAGUUGCAUUGUGGUUGGAUUGUGUUCAGAUCUGGCUGACAACUUCAGGAGGUGGUCAGGGACUCUGUGUGCAGAAUGUUCCUUAAGACAAUUAAGGUAAGGGCCGUUUGUCAUCUUGUUCUCAACACCAAUUUUCUGGUUAACUUUGCUAUUAUGCACAUAGCAACAUUGGCUAGGAAAAGGUGCGAGUUCAACAGCGCACUGGUGUGUUUCAGAACCGCCGACACGUUGGGUAGUGGUCGCUGUUGGCGGUUCUGAAACACAUCAGUGCGCUGUUGAAUUGGCACCUUUUCCUAGCCAAUGUUGCUAUGUACCUAAUAGCAAAGUUAACCAGCAAAUUGGUGUUGAGAACAAGAUGACAAACGGCCCUUACCUUAAUUGUCUUAAGAAAAGUGAGGAGAGGGGAAACCAACUUUAUUAGGUCUAUAAUCAAUAGCCUAACUAUUAACUGUGCCUGGCUUUAUAAAUAAUCUCUGUGUGUAUGUACAGUUGAAGUCGGAAGUUUACAUACACCUUAGCUAAAUACAUUUGAACUCAGUUUUUCACAAUUCCUGACAUUUAAUCCUAGUACAAAUUCCCUGUCAGUUAGGAUCACUACUUUAUUUUAAGAAUGAAAUGUCAGAAUAAUAGUUGAGAGAAUGAUUGAUUUUUCAGCUUUUAUUUCUUACACCACAUUCCCAGUGGGUCAGAAGUUUACCUUUAAAUUGUUUAACUUGGGUCAAACAUUUUGGGUAGCCUUCCACAAGCUUCCCACAAUAAGUUGGGUGAAUUGUGGCCCAUUCCUCCUGACAGAGCUGGAGUAACUGAGUCAGGUUUGCAGGCCUCCUUGCUCACACACGCUUUUUCAGUUUUGCCUACAAAUGUUCUAUGGGAUUGAGGUCAGGGCAUUGUGAUGGCCACUCCAAUAGCUUGACUUUAUUGGCCGUAAGCCAUUUUGCAACUUUGGAAGUAUGCUUGGGGGUCAUUGUCCAUUUGGAAGACCCAUUUGCGACCAAGCCUUAGCUUCCUGACUGAUGUCUUGAUGUUGCUUCAAUAUAUCCACAGAAUUUAACCCCCCCAUGAUGCCAUCUAUUUUGUGAAGUGCACCAGUCCCUCCUUCAGCAAAGCACCCCCACAACAUGAUGCUGCCACCCCCGUGCUUCACGGUUGGAAUAGUGUUCUUCGGCUUGCAAGCCUCCCCCUUUUUCCUCCAAACAUAACGAUGGUCAUUGUGGCCAAACAGUUCUAUUUUUGUUUCAUCAGACCAAAAGUACUAGCUUUGUCCCCAUGUGCAGUUGCAAACCGUAGUCUGGCUUUUUUAUGGAGGUUUUGGAGCAAUGGCUUCUUCCUUGCUGAGUGGCCCUUCAGGUUAUGUCGAUAUAGGACUCGUUUUACUGUGGAUAGAGAUACUUUUGUACCUGUUUCCACCAGCAUCUUCACAAGGUCCUUUGCGGUUGUUCUGGGAUUGAGUUGCACUUUUCGCACCAGAGUACGUUCAUCACUAGGGGACAGAACACGUCUCCUUCCUGAGCGGUAUGACGGCUGCGUGGACCCAUGGUGUUUAUACUUGCGUUCUAUUGUUUGUACAGAUGAACAUGGUACCUUCAGGCAUUUGGAAAUUGCUCCCAACCUGAAUUGUGGAGGUCUACAAAAAAAAAAUCUAAGUUCUUGCCUAAUUUCUUUUGAUUUUUCCAUGAUGUCAAGCAAAGAGUCACUGAGUUUGAAGGUAGGCCUUGAAAUACAUCCACAACUCAAAUGACUUGACUCAAAUGAUGUCAAUUAGCCUCUGAACCUUUUAAAAUGGAAUUUUCUGGAAUUUUCCACGCUGUUUAAAGGCACAGUCAACUUAGUGUAUGUACACUUCUGACCCACUGGAAUUGUGAUACAGUGAAUUAAGUGAAAUAAUCCUUCUGUAAACAAUUGUUGGAAAAAUUACUUGUGUUAUGCACAAAGUAGAUGUCCUAACCGACUUGCCACUAACUAUAGUUUGUUAACAAGAAAUUUGUGGAGUAGUUGAAAAACGAGUUUUAAUGACUCCAACCUAAGUGUAUGUAAACUUCCGACUUCAACUGUAUAUACAGUCAUUGGUCUAGACUUGGCUUCGGAUAGUAUACAAGCGGUACGGGACUUGUCUAUUUCCCCAAAGUGAGAGACCGAACAGGUAAUUGAAAUAGAACUUAAAGCUACCUAAUGUAGCCCCGGUUCUAUGACCUUAUGAGUCAGAUCUCACCGUGUUACCCUUCAAGGUGUGCGUAAGGAAGAUGUACUUAGAAGUGAAGAUGGGAGAGGACAACUUCCCCUUAUAUGGGAAGUGGAUAGGUCCACUAUUGGCCGUUGCUCCUGUCUGUCUACGACAGACGUUGUGUGAUUGGAUCUUCCUAGACUCUGCCCCUAAUGGGACGUUACCCAAAAGUGAGAGACCUUUCAUGUUAUCAAAGAACUGUGAUUAUAUUAGGUAACCUUAAUUUUCCACAGUCCAAGAAUGACAUGAUCUCUUCUACCUCACACAGUAGAUGUUGUCAUUAAAGAUAAGGUCAUCCAAACUAACCUUACAAUUGGAAUGUAAGCACAGAAUUAGCAGCGCUGGAACUGGCACAAAAUGUUGUGUUCAUUGGAAAUUCUGCAACUGAGGGGGACAAGGAACAUUGGGCUCAAAUGUUUCUGGUAAAGUUCCAAAUGUCUUGACCAAACCAUACCUUGUUGUAUGGCUUCAGUCCUCCCAUCAACCUCUGAUGCCCAUUCACUCCACUGGCCUUGAAAGGGAUGUUUGUUGGGGAUGGACCUCACUUUUACUGUGUCUUGCUCAAAAUGUUCAUUGUUCACUGAGAUGUUGAGUGGCGAGCCUCGGCAAACUGGAGGAAAAAUAUUUGAGGAAAUAGAUUUAUUCACUAGCUUUAUUUUUAAAACAUUUUUAGCAGGAUUUGAGUGUCUUACCUUGCCUUGGUGGCCACUUAUGUAGUACAAGUUGGUACUUCAAGUUGUCAAUCAGAAGAUUGUUAGGUAAAUAUUUGUCGUAUUGACUUGACAUCCUGGUGACGGUGAGAUUGAAUGGUUUAUUGGGUUUGACUGGGGAGAGAAAGACACUUUGGUGUCAAAGAUCCGGCAUGGAACUGAUGUCCUCAAAAAUAAAAGCUUCCUGUUACACUUUA